AUGGAGGGCGCGGGCGCGGGCGCGGGCAAGUUCCGCGCGGCGUCGCUGUACGUCGGGGACCUGGCGGCGGGCGUCACGGAGCACCAGCUGUUCGGCAAGUUCAGCGGCGCGGGGCCGGUGCUGUCGGUGCGGCUGUGCCGCGCGCGGGGCUCGCGCCGGCCGCUGGGCUACGCGUACGUGAACUUCCUGCGGCGCGGGGACGCGCAGGCCGCGCUCGACACCAUGAACUUCGACGAGCUGGGCGGGCGGCCCAUGCGGCUCAUGUGGGCGCAGCCCGACGCGCGGCUGCGGCGCUCGGGCGAGGGCAACGUCUUCAUCAAGAACCUGGACCGCUCGGUGGACGGCAAGGCCCUGCUGCGCUGCUUCUCGGCCUUCGGGCGCAUCCUGUCGGCCAAGGUGGCGGCCGACCGGCGCGGCCCCAAGGGCUUCGCCUUCGUGCACUUCCAGAGCCCGGGCGCCGCGGCCCGCGCCAUCGCCGCCAUGGACGGCCGCGUGCUCGCCGGCCGCGCGCUCUCCGUGCGCCCCUUCCAGCCCCGCCGGGCCCGCGACGCCGAGCUGCGGCGCCGGGCGAGCGCCUUCACCGCCGUCCGCGUGCGCCACCUGCCCCGCGGCGUGGACGACGCGCGCCUCGCCCAGGCCUUCCGCGCCGCCGUCGGGGCCCCGCUCAGCGCCCGCGUGGUGACGGACGGCGCCGGCCGCUCCCGGGGCUGCGGCUUCGUCAGCUUCGCGAGCCACGAGCAGGCGCGCCGGGCCGUGGAGGCCAUGGACGGGCGCGAGCUGGACGGGCGGCGCGUGGCCGUGGGCCCGGCCCUGGGGCCGCCCGAGCGGGACGCGCCCGGCGGGGGGCGGCCGCCCCGGCCCGCCGCGCGCCCCGGCGAGGAGCGGCUCUACGUGCGGAACCUGGACGAGCAGGUGGACGAGGACGCGCUGUGCCGGGCCUUCUCCGCCUUCGGGCCCGUCAGCCGGGCCACGGUGGUGCGCGAGGACGGCCGCAGCAGAGGCUUCGGGCUCGUCUGCUUCUCCCGCCCCGACGAGGCCGCCAGGGCCUCGGCCGAGAUGAACGGCCGCCUCCUGGGCUCCAAGCCCCUCAGCGUCGCCCUGGCCCGCUGGCCCUGA